AUGAUCUUCACCCCAACCAGCCCCCCGGGAGUCCUGGCCGGGCAAGGCCCACCCGGGUCACGGACUUUCACCGCCUUCUUUGGCGCGGGCGAUCAGCGUAACAGCCUCCUCCAUGUGACGUCCGACCCAGAGAUUAAUGCCAACCCACCAGGUGAACUACAGGCUGCCCUGUACGCUGCCGAACGAACUCACCUCGACGCUCCCCUUAACAUCCUCAGCACGAAUGAUGUGCUUACUGACCUAGUCUUUGAUCGAGCCCCGACCUGGGAAACGAAGGGAUGGAUCAGUGUCCCGCUGGCAACGCAUAUGAAGCCCCUGUUGAAUCGUCUCAGACAGAGAUGCGCCGCCACUACUUUCGGGAGAAUAGCCGGAGACGGAGCUUGGCAAACUCUAGAACGCGCUCGCCAGGAUGCUUCGAUGACCCCUCCAAGAGACUUUACAAUGGCGGUGAUGCCAUCGCAGGAUCCUGACACCCGUUUUGAUCUUACGGGGGCGAGGCUGAACGCCCUCACACAAGCCCUGGCGUAUCGAGGGAUCCUGGAGCACCGCCAGGUCGAGACCAGGCGCCGGACGAAAGAUAACCUGGCGGCAGUCUAUCAACACCUGCAGGCGAACAAUUCGCUCACCUUUGGUCAAAUCUGGACGAGUACACGGCACAAAGACUUUAGCAGGAUCUUUGCGGUUUUCCUGUGGAAAAUUAUGCAUGAUGGCCUGAAAUGCGGCCCGUACUGGAGUAAGAUACAGGGAUAUGAGGAUCGAGCACAGUGUAGCCACUGCGGAUCCCUAGAGACUGUCCAACAUAUUAUCUUCGAGUGUGAAGCCACGGGCCAAGCCCUAAUUUGGUCGCUGAUACGGAAGGUGUGGGAGAAGAAGUUAGUGGACGUGCCUUGGCCCCGCCUUUCUUUAGUAGACGUACUUUCACUAGGCCUGACGGAAUGGAAGACCAGCAAGGGCCGAGUGCGUCCAGGAGCCACGAGGCUAUGGCGGAUAUUAAUAUCCGAAGCUGUUCAUCUGACUUGGAAACUGCGCUGCGAGAGAGUCAUAGGUCACGCAGCGGAGGACGGAUGGGAACACCAGAAGACGACGGUGGCGAGCAAGCUGCGAUAUGCUUUGAAUCAUAGAUUGGCGCUCGACGUCGAAUCAGUACAGAAGAAAUACGGGCAGUUUGCCAUUAAGAGGGAGCUGGUCCUGGCCACGUGGAACAAGGUCCUGUGGGACGAACAUGUGCUCCCGGAAGACUGGACAAAGUACAAGGGUUUUUUAGUGGGUAGGAUGCCGGCGUUACGAGUAGACCUCGAACCGGAUUAG